CGCACAGGCUGCUGGGAACGUGACGCUCAAAUUGCGCGCGAACAGCGUCACCGUCACUUCAGCACAGGUGAAAGCGACUGACCUUUCCCAUGAAUGGUGAAUACCUGUCAACAUCAAGGCACCAAAGAUGUCUAGUCGAUCUGUUUCAGCCUGGCCAUGUUGUAAACAUUUGUGCACCCAUGGUCCGAUAUUCAAAGUUGGGAUUUAGAACACUGGUCAGAAAGUAUAAUUGUGAACUAUGUUUUACUCCAAUGAUCAUUGCCUCUGCCUUUCUGAAGUCGAGCAAAGCCAGAGAUAGUGAAUUCACAACAACUUAUGUUGAUCGUCCACUGGUUGUGCAGUUUGCUACUAAUUGUCCACAGGAACUAGCUGAUGCUGCUUGUAUAGUUUCUCCUUUUGCCGAUGGUGUUGACUUGAACUGUGGAUGUCCACAGAGAUGGGCAAUGGCAGAGGGAUACGGCGCUUGCCUAAUCAAUAAACCACAACUUGUUCGGGACAUGGUUCGUCAGGUCAGGAAUCAAGUGGAAUUGCCUAAUUUUUCAGUUUCCAUUAAGAUAAGAAUACAUAAAGACCUAGCAAGAACUGUAGAUCUCUGUCGAAAGGUGGAGGCAGCUGGAGUUUCCUGGGUUACUGUACACGGCAGAACAGUGGAAGAGCGGCACCAACCAGUGCACUAUGAUGCCAUCAAGAUUAUUAAAGAGAACUUAACUGUACCAGUCGUGGCAAAUGGCGAUGUAAGGGGCAAAAAAGAUAUUGACUUUCUGCAUCAGAGCACUGGCAUUGAUGACGUCAAGAAGACAAUGACACUGCAAUGGACAGCAGUUGCAUCUUUCCUGUAUGUUGAAGUAGGUUGCCUUUUGCUUCUGUGUUUACCAUUCAUCUCUCCUCCCAGAUGGUUGCAGAUUUUCAAUUUUCGUUUCUGGAGGAAAAUUGCUUCGUACUGGAACAGAGCUUUCCUGACAAUCAUCAUCAUAUUGGUUGUCCUUUUUUUUGAUGCUGUCAGAGAAGUGAGGAAAUACUCGGCAAGCCACACAGUUGAAAAGGAUGCAAAGCUGUUUCCAAAUGUGUAUGAUCACUUUCACAUGAAGCUGUUUAGAGCACAAAGAAAUCUGUACAUCUCUGGAUUCUCCCUGUUCCUUUGGCUUGUUCUUCGGCGUGUGAUCACUCUUAUCUCAGAACUGGCAGUGGUGAUGGGUGACAACCAAAUACUUAAUACUCAGGCUGCUGAUUGUAAUGAUGCCGCUAAGAAGCAUAUGGAAGAAAAUGAAGAACUAAAGAAGGCAAUAAAUCGAGGAAAAGGUCAGGAAAAUGAGAAUUUGGUGGAAGAAAAUGACAAGUUGAACAAGGAAAUUGGGAAACUGCAGACUGAAGUGCAGGAAACUACAGAAGCCCUUGAAAAGUCACAGAAAGAUAUGAUGGCAAUGACAACACAGUGUGAAGGUCUGACGAGGGAAUAUGAUUCUCUUGUGCAGGAGCAUGACAAGUUGCAGAGCCUUGUUGACAGCCCUGAUAAGAAGAAUGAGUAAAGAGUAAGAGCUUUGCCUUGACAGCUUUCGACAUCUUCCACAGCAGCAUCUCUGGUUACUUAAAUAUUUGUAUUUGCUUCUCAGCUAGAUACUUUAGCUGUUUCGAUUUGAAAAGUAAAUGUGUUCAGCUGCUCGUUCAUAAGCUGUUUCUAGAAUAAGUGGGUUUCAAGUGUUUGACAAGGGAAAUUCAGAGAAACUAUGAUGUUAUGGGAACUAUCUGAUCAGAAUUGUUCUUUACCUCUAGGGCCUAGGUUGAAGUUCAGAAAGGUGGACAAUUGUCUAUUUUGACAAUUGGAAGUCAGUCAAACCCGUCUUCCAACAACCACUCAGGGGCCUGGGCCAAAGUGGCCUUUAUAUAAGGGUGGCUUCGGAGUAAGGGUUCAUUAGUGUGCAAACCGGGCUGUGGAGGCUGUUCCAGGGUAGUUGUUGACGGGUGGAUGGAGGUGAAUGGAGGUGGUUCCUUGAACAGGUUUGACUGUAAAAGGUUCUGGGAGAAUUAAGUUACACAUGUUCAAAACAAUUCCUUGUGGCCAGAUUAGACAAUUUAAAGUUGCCUAUUCAUCACAAAUUUGUCCUUCAAUUCAAAUCUUACUCCAGGGAUAUAAGAUAUCUGGUAUUAACUGGAAAAGCUCACUGAUAUGAUAAAGAGUUUGCUGUUUAGGUUAACGUAAAGUCUUAAACUGGCUGGUAUAGAAGGAGUUUAUCCAUUUGUCUUGACCGAGCACCUUCCAAAAAAAUGUUCCUGUACCAUGUUUGAGAGCAUUAGGUUCUCAAUACUAUUCUCAUACCUUAGGUCCAAAAGUUUAAUGUUCCCCUCCACUCCCUCCCACUCAAACCUCAAACAUAUUUCAUUGUAACAAAUAUUUACAGUCUGCACUAUUUUCUGAUUCAAAUAAUAAAAUGGAAUUUGCCUUAAAAACCUAAUACUGCAUUUAAAACAUAGAAAUACAAAUUGCAGUUUUAAGAAAAUUAUUUUUAUUCAAAGUAUAUCCCCCUUAGAAAUAGAGAAACUAUUGACUGUAAUACUCUGGUGUCCUGUUUGAUAUGCACUAAGCCUUUCCAGUGACUUACAUUACAGGUAUUUUAAACCACAAAGAUACUCCCUUCAAUGUUUAUUUCCCCUUUGUUUUGUUGAAUCGAUUUAUCAAGAGCUGCUCACAUUAACCUCAAAACAUUUAAUGUACUGUAUAUCACCUCCCUGAACAAUUAUUACACAUGUUCCAUACAUUAUAUAAUGGUCAUAAACAUUUUGAAGUUUUAUCUGGGUUCACUAAUGUGUAUUCUAUAUGUAGCAAUCAGCCAAAAUGGUCUACACUUUCACGCCUAUUCCUAGACUUUUAAUAGUUUGGGCUCCUACAAUCGUCAUUUAGCUUGGGUUGAAAUCUGCUCCACUGUUCAGCUUACGAUGGUAAAUAUUGUUUAGAAUAGUUGCUUUCCCUGUCGGCAUAUAAACACUGUUUUUUAAAAUCCACUGGAUUGCUGUGUGUUUCAGUCAUAGCCUUGACUUCUCUAGAAGCACACAGGAAUGUUCAUUGUGUUCAGCAGCGAAUACCUCCCAAUCUUGAUUAAAAGAAAUCGUUAACAGGAACAGAAAAUAUUUUAAAUACACAACAACUUGGUCAAUCAGCAUGUGAAAGCAGAAGAUAGUUUAGAUAUUUUGGGUGUGACCAUUCAUGAGAACUUUGUGUUCACUUUUUUUCCCCCUUUUUAUCUUAAGCAGUUAAUUGUUCCCUGGUCCUGUGUCCUUUCUUUUAAAAAAAGAUGUGGUUCCACAAAAAAGUGUUAUCUGGGGUCUCAGCCUGAGCUGGACAUUUAGUGGUCAAACACGACCCCACAUGAUGGCGAUUUAUAAAAAUCAGUUGUUGAUGUGACAUUCUUACAUUCUCUUACAGUUUACAUUCUUCGAUUUUUUUAAUACAUGAAAUGCAAACUAGUCUUAUUUAUUGUGAUUUAUCUCUUUCCUGUUGUGCCCUAUCCGUACAUUAUGCAACAUAUAGGUCUCAUGACCCUUGCCUUUGCAUCAUUACACGUUCAGGUGGCUGGAGCCUAGAUGUGGAUGACAUAUGAAGUCCACUCAAGAGAUGCUACUGUAUCUUCUCAGGAUCAGAAAGAUAUAUGUUCAUGAGAACUGUUAUUCAGUAAUUGUUGUAUAAUAUAUCUGCUUUACACGUUAGUUUUACGUGAAAUAUUUACAAACUGUGUCUUUGGCAAUACACAUUGCUUUUACAAUAAAGGCCUA